GCUAAGUGCUGGGUUUGUCGGUUUUAGGAUUCCCCGUUCAAUCUUCACUUUGGUUUUCUGUUGACACCUCGCACUGCGCAGGCUUGGAAUCAUAGGAUUAAAGAUUCAGAGUCGGAAGGGGCCUCAGAAGUUAUCUGCCCACCCCCUUUAUUUUUACAAAAGAAGAACUGAGGCUGACAUUGGACAAAGAUACUAACAGAUAGCAAAUUGCACAGCCAAAAUCCAAACCAGAUUCUCCAACUCCUAAAAAGGUUCUCUCCUACCCGUACGAUAGGAGUAGUACCAUAUCACAAAAAUGGCUUUACUAUGUGAGCUCAUCUCACCCCUAGAUUUCACACAAUGGAAGUACCUUCACCAUUUGAACUCGCCCUCUUUUUGCUAGGUUCCUGCUAGACUUCCAUUUUCAGGACGAUGCCCAGGCCAACCAUACCUUCAUUCCCUCUCUCCAAGACAUUCUCUACCACGCCCUGGGUUAGGCACCCCACGCCUCUUCGUUGUCCUUUUAUGUGUCUAUUACAAUGAAAGUUAUUUGAGGGCAGGGUCUUUUUUUUUCGUUUGUAUUUGUAUCUCCAGCGCUUAGCACAGAGCCUGGCAAGCAGUAAACGCUUAAUAAAUGCUUGUUGACUUGCCUCCCUAAUGCCCCACAGUCUUAGCCUGGCAGGAGCGCAAAGCUUUAGCCUGGGCUCUCAGGCCUGAGCCAGGAGGCUGGAGCUGAACCCACUCCCUCUUGCACGCCCUCCCCAGCUCGGGAUGCGUCCAUCUCCGGGCAUGCUCCGCCCCCGGAAAUGCUAGCUUGCUCCGGGUCUUCCCCGUGAUGUUGGCGGCUCUUCCCUUUUUUCCAAGCCAAACGCCUUAGCCUUCCCCGAGUCCCCUCCUCCCACUGGGGGACCUCUCUCGCGGUCCCCCGGCCUCCCCAGGUCGCACGCAUCCCGGGGGGAGGGAACGCCCGCCGGCGUGUGCGCGUGCGCAGGGCAGCCCCAGGGGUCAGGCGCGGCUCGCUGCACGUCGUAGGCCGGGACAAAAGUCCGGAGCGCAAGUCCGGAGCGGGGGUGAAGCCGGGUUUCCCACGAAGGAGCGGACGCGCCCGAGGACCUCAGAGGGUGAGAUUGCCCUGAACGCGGAGCCGCUCCAAGAGCAGGAGGAGGAACGACUUCUCUUCCUUCCUGUUCUCUCCUCCCUCCCAAUGGAGGAAGAGAAGCGGAGGAAAACGAGGAGAGAAGAAGUCGCUUUCCUACUCUUGCGGCACCUCUUGUGGACGCCCUUGCUUCCCUGCCCCCGAUGUUUAUUCCAAGAUCUCUCAAAGUCAAACGGAAUGUUUCUGAUGAUGACAAGAGUUGUGUGGCUAAGAAAUUUAAACCGCAAGGAGAAAAGCUGUCAUCAGAAGAAGACAGAGAGAUUCCAAAUGUUGCCUUCGUGGGGAAGGAAACCUCAGCCCCAUCAUCGGGGCAGAGCCCUGAAUUAGGCUCAUCGCCAGAUUCAGAUGACCACUUUGCUGCAGUUUGUUUAGAGGGGCCUGAGCAAAGUGUUGAAGACAGCUGUGUUCCAGAAGAGCCAAUAAAAUCUUUUGCUAAAACCCAGCGCUUGGCAGAACCAGGGGAGCCUGUCUGUGUUGUCUGCGGUCGUUAUGGAGAGUAUAUUUGUGAUAAGACUGAUGCAGAUGUCUGUAGCUUGGAAUGUAAGGCAAAACAUCUUUUACAAGUUACGGAAAAGGAAGAAAAAGUAAAGCUCCAAAAAGCCAGCUCUGAGGCUGAAUCUCCCUUACUAGAUACCUUUUAUGCCUAUAAAGAACACUCCUUUAUUUUAAGCCUUCUGGAUGACCAGGUUGAGAACCUUAAGCUACAGCUAGGAAUUUCAGUACAGGGCCAAAAAGUUCCAAGGCCUAUCAUAGACUUUGAACAUUGUGGUUUUCCUGAAGUCUUGAAUUGCAACUUGAAGAAGUCAGGCUAUGAAGUUCCAACUCCCAUUCAGAUGCAGAUGAUUCCGAUUGGACUUUUGGGAAGGGAUAUUGUGUGCAGUGCUGACACAGGCUCAGGAAAAACAGCAGCUUUCCUACUUCCUGUUAUCAUCAGAGCUUUGGAAAAAAACGGAACUCCAUCAGCACUUAUUCUCACUCCAACCAGGGAAUUGGCCAUUCAGAUAGAGAGACAAGCUAAGGAGCUAAUGUGUGGCCUGCCAAACAUGAGAACAGUCCUGCUUGUUGGAGGUUUGCCUUUACCUCCCCAACUCUAUCGCCUGAAACAGAAUGUUAAGGUUAUAAUAGCAACUCCUGGGAGACUUUUGGAAAUAAUGAAACAGAACUCUGUGGAACUCAGUGGUAUAAAAAUAGUAGUCAUAGAUGAAGCUGAUACCAUGUUAAAGAUGGGCUUUCAACAGCAAGUCCUUGACAUUUUGGAAAACACUCCUCCCGAUCGUCAAACUGUUUUGGUUUCUGCCACAAUUCCAGCAAGCAUAGAACGUCUGGCAAGCCAGCUUCUACAUGAUCCUGUGAGAAUUAUCAUUGGAGAAAAAAAUCUGCCUUGUCCCAAUGUCCGCCAGAUUAUUUUGUGGGUAGAAGAACCUUCCAAAAAGAAAAAGUUAUUUGAGAUCUUAAAUGAUGAGAAACUCUUUAAGCCUCCAGUGCUAGUGUUCGUGGACUGUAAACUAGGAGCAGACCUUUUGAGUGAUGCAAUUCAUAAAAUCACUGGGUUGCAAAGCAUAUCUAUGCAUUCAGAUAAGACACAAGUAGAAAGAACAAGGAUAUUGCAGGGAUUAUUUCAAGGAGAUUAUGAAGUUGUAGUAAGCACUGGAGUCCUGGGACGAGGACUAGACUUGCUCAAUGUCAGAUUGGUGGUCAAUUUUGAUAUGCCUUCUAGUAUGGAUGAAUACGUACAUCAGGUUGGAAGAGCAGGAAGAUUAGGUCACAGUGGAACUGCAAUUACUUUCAUCAAUAACAACACAAAGAAGCUUUUUUUGGAUAUUGUGAAGAGAGUCAAACCAACAGGAUCCAUUCUUCCUCCUCAGUUACUAAACUCCCCUUAUCUCCAUGAACAGAAGAGAAAAGAACAGCAAAGAGUUAACCAGGCACAGAACACCGUAGUAACUGGUGAUAAUCUUAUGGACAUUAUUAAAAAACAUGAUAAAAGUCAUUCUCAGAAGUAACUAAUUGUGCCACUUUGGAUAAUCUUGUCAUUGUGCAAUAGCAGUGAAAUUCUGAAAAUUACUGUCGUUUAGUGUCUGAAUAAACAGAGCAUAUUUGUAAGGUGUAGGGAUGAUUUUUGUUAUUGUUGAAUAUGUCAGACUUGGACAGCAGAAGUUGUGUGUGGCUUCUUUUCCUUCAUAUGCUUGCUAAAGAUUGCCAUUCUGUCUAUAAUGAGUGAGAUAAAGGAUCUGUUUUUGUGCUGUGUACAGAAUUAUUUUCAGAUUAAAAAUCUUUUUGCAUUA